AUGAAGCAAAGAGAUAAACUGGGUCAGAUACAACAACAUUGGGACCAAGCUCUCAGUAGACAGAAGUUUCCUAUGAGUGCUAUGUAUCAUGGGCUGACAGAGGAACACCAAAGAGUGCCGUGGAGGUCUGUGAUGUGUGGGAACAAGGCUAGACCGCGAGCUGUCAUUUGCUUGUGGCUUGCUUGUCACAAAAAGCUCUCUACUAAAGAUAGAUUAAGAAGAUUUGGAAUGAUCCAAAGUAGUGAUUGCAGUAUUUGUAACUGUGCUGAUGAGUCUAUAAAUCAUCUUUUCUUCAACUGCAGUGGCACUAGAGAAAUUUGGGGGAACAUUUUGGAUUGGCUGGGUAGAAGACAUGAUCCGAGGGAGUGGGAUAUGGAGCUUGCUUGGAUUAUUGAGAACACCAAAGGUAAAGGUUGGAAAAGUGCUCUGCUGAAAAUGGCAACAGCGGAGACAGUUUAUAAUGUGUGGCACUAUAGAAAUAGCAUGUGCUUUGGCACAGUUGUGGAUAAACAGGUUAUAGAAAGGAAUAUCAUUGACAACAUAGUGUAUAGAAGUUGGCAAUAUCCAACUCUUAGAAGUCAUGUUGCAAAGCUAAUGAUGUAG